AUGGAGACCAUGCAGAGCACGAAUCCAUCUGGCGGGAGGAACAGCCAGGGCGCGUUGUCUCCGGAAACCGUCGACAACAACGUCUACGGGCAGCGUAGACAAUCAUCCUGGGAUGGUGGCAGCACAGCUCGAAAGAGGGUACGCCUGGCUUGCGAGGCUUGUCGACUGCGCAAGAGUCGCUGCGAUGGCUCCAAACCGCCUUGCAGUGGAUGUCGAGAUCGUCGGACCGAGUGUUUCUAUGUACCAUGGAGAGCUCGCGCAAGCGUUGCGAAAGAAAAUCGCGAUCUGGAACGGAAUUUGCAGUCAUUUCUUGGAGGCCAGAAUGCCUCACAAGAUGUGAACGAGAAUCAUGUCGAUUCGGCGGCUGAAACGCUCUCUGCCGCGUCAGUUAAUCAAUCAACCUUCUCUAAGCGCGUCCCCUCGAUUUCGCGAAGAGAUCUCAGAGAAAGCCAGCCUCCACAGAACCCCAUACCACCUCAACGUGUUGGAGGAGGUAGUAGUUCUGGCGCUGCAGCAGCGGGUGUUUUGGACGAGAAUCCCCUGCAAGGCGUUGACACUGCAACUCCUACUUUGCCUGAUUCGACGUUACCAAAUCAAACUGUGCAUGACAAUGUUGCUAACCCACCCAGUGGCUGGGUUGAAAAUGACGAUAGCGGAAACGUCAGCGACGAGGUCAAGGACGAAAGAGAUCUAGGCGAGCCCGGAUCAACUACACAUCCAGGUUACUUCGGCGAGUCUUCAAUGGUGGCGUUCAUGUCAACUGUGCGAUCGACUGAAUCUGGGAACCGUCCGUCGCCGUCGGUGCGUUCGUCCAGACCGUCAGACGGCAGUCCACCAGUCUCAUCGGUGCAACGACUGGCGAGGUACACAAGCGGUCGAGAACUGGAUGACUGUCUCGCCCUUCCUCAGCGGUACGUUGCGGAUCGUCUGGUCAAUGCGUACUUUACCUACAUCGACAGUAUCCUGCCUUUCAUACACGAACCUAGUUUCAGGGCCAAGUACGAUCGCACCUGGCAACCGCUGGGAGACAAUUCAGGACCAGAAGACGUCCAGGACUUAUCAUGGCUUGCAUUGCUCAAUCUGGUUUUUGCUUUUGGGAGCGAAUAUGCCGACAGCAGCCCGCGCGGCGCCGGCUGUCUCUCCAGCUCACGAUUCUUCAAACGAUCAACAACGAUACUGUUCUCCCAAGUAUUCCACUCGGCGAAUCUUGAAACAAUUCAGACUCUUCUUCUCACCAGCCACUAUCUGCAGGGCACAAACAAUCUCAACAAAUGCUGGAGUGUCGUGGGUCUUUGUAUCCGCCUGGCCCAUGGGAUGGGCCUACAUCUAGAUCCAUCGCGCUGGCACAUCAGCCAUAUCGAGCAGGAAUUCCGCCGCCGGCUCUGGUGGGGUUGCUAUGUGGUUGACUGCAUGUUGAGUCUGCGCUAUGGUCGACCACCAUCAGACCUGGACAAGACAUCGGAUGUGCGGCUACCACAGCUAAUUGAUGGAGAGUACCUGCGAGAUAAAGCUGCGGAAUCUCGCCAACCAGAUGGGCAGCCAGCUCGCUGCCACAGUUUGUUGGUUGACAUUAGCCUUUCACGCAAUAUCGCCGCCAUCGUACGAGAACUCUAUCUUGAAUGCUAUCCAAGCAACGGCAGUCAUAUUGUCGACAAUGGCGGUGAUGAUUCGAGCAAACUGCGAUCCGAUGGAAGGUUCCUCUCCACUGUAGUCCGUUUGGACUGUGGUCUGGUAGACUGGCAUCAGACACUACCAGCUCACCUCCGACCCGAUGCCAAAAACUCGGACUGGAAGCUCCAAAGACAAGCCAACAUCCUUUACACCAAGUAUGUCACCAUUCGAGUCAUGUUGCACCGCAAAUCGUUUGUGGCAUUCCGACACAAUCAGCCCCAGGAGGACUUCCAGCAAGCAUUGAUCAUCUCGAGCGUCCGACAGUGCAUGAACAACGCGCGAGAGCUGAUCAAUUUUCUUGACGGCCUGCACAAAAGCAAAACGGUCAAUAUGUGGUGGACCGACGCACAAUACCUUUACAUGUCGGUCGCCGCCCUCGUCGGCUGCAGGGCGAUGGAGAGCGCUAGGCGGAUUGCCAUUUCCGGCCUCGACAAUCUAGAAUCCGAAGAUAAAAGCAUCAAACUAGGCAUCAGUCUCCUCCGCGAGAUUGGGAGGAGAAGCUCGAUGAUCCACCGGUACGCCGAGAAUCUGCAACAGCUUUUCGAAGACACCAUUGCCCAAGAACGACACGGGGCGGGGACGUCUCGGGCUUCCCAGGACGAAGACACUGUCCCCACAACAAGGCCCCAAACGGCUGGUGCUGCUCCUUCCCGUGGCCAGCAAUCAUCAACUUCUAGCAGAGGCCAAGGGGGCCAACGGACUCUCAACGGACCCCAUUCGCUAUUCAGUGGAAAUUCCAAUGAUGCAGCCGAUGCUGGAGGCGGAGCACCGCCGUCCGGAGCUCCCCAUCCCCUGCCUGAGAUGCCCCUCCAGGGCGAUCUGUUCUUCAUGGAAGGGCUGGAUGGGUUUGGAGACCAAUCGAUGGGUUCUAUCGGUGUCGAAUACUCGACCAUGGGUCAACCGUAUCCCACGUCGGAUAUUUUUAAUGGUGGCGGCUUCGGCUCGUUGGACAGUAUGGAAUAUGACACCUUUCGUAUGGGCUGA